ACAUUUUCAUAUCACGACUUCACAAAAGAUUCAAAAUCCUUCGGCAUCCCUGAGACAGGAGAGUUCACUACUAUCUUAUGUUGACUUCAUCCAUGUCACCGAUGGAACAAUAUUUCAAUUCAACACAAUAUCCGACAACGAUCUCGCUUUCACGUCCCUCACCUUCACCAUAUCAAUCCAGCUGUCUAUCCUCUUUACAAGGCUGAACCCAAGAACCCAUAUCCGACCCUUCCUUCGAACUGAUGCUAGCAUAAAUGACCUGUCACUCUUUCCGAGAAAGCAAUGGAUCAAGGGUCACCACUUCACCCCCCUGCGGGCAGCCUUCCGACAAACAAAUCCCAUGGCGGCACUGAGAGUUUGUUUAUAGGGAAGAAAUUUGAAGGGUUUGAUGAUUCCAGCUCCGUUACCUCGAUGUCGUCAGCGAGCAAAGCAACCCUUUGCAUGGUAUGCAAAGGGGAGGGGUCGGUCGUCAAACGCUUGGUUCAAUGUACCCGAUGUAAAUGGAAGAUCCAUCAAGGCUGUGCUAGCCCAUACAUAGAAGACUGCGACGCGCCGUGGACUUGUAAACAUUGCAAGGACAAGCAAGAAAACAAGAAGAAGAUCGCGGCCGCUUUCUCUACAUCGCAGUCAUCAACAAAAUUUUCAACCCAGCCGUACACCUCUCCCUAUGCUAGCUCCCAUCCCGCUUCCAAGAGUGUCGGUUUAGAACCUGCGAAAGAGUCCCCGAAGACACUAGGAAUGAAUCCUAAAAUACAGUGUGAGGUUGAUAGCUGCACUACUUUCCUUUUCAUACACCAGUCCGGAUCCCGCCCUCUAUGCCCGAAGCACAGAAUUGAAGAGCGACAUGCGUCAGCAAAGGCAGCGCCGCCGAAACCGGCACCGGCGCCUCGCUCCUUCAAUAAAGACAAGUUAUAUCCUGUCAAACCGGAUGAUAAACCAUUUUUAAAGAGGAAGCGUCCGGUCGCAAAGCGUUCCAGCAGCGGGAGUCAUCAAGACAUGGGCCAGGAACAGAGCAUGUUCGCUUUCCAGCCCCCAGUACGCUCGGAGUUUACAUUCAAGGCUCCAGAACCCGUUCGAAGUCCACCGACUCCCACUAGACCGUCCCCCAGAUCAGCCUUCAAACGGACUCCAGAACAGAAUGGAAGGCAAACGAAUAAACUGAAAAGCCCGAGGGAAGUUGAGACAGCCGUUGAUGAUCUAAAUCGAUCUUUGAGCUCUGCAAGUAUGGCAGAGUCUCCGAUUGAACCGACAACAGGCUGGCAACGAAGUUUGUUUUCAGGAUUAAAUUCAGCUCGUGAAACUCUCCAAAUUGUGGCCCAAGACUCGCCUGAUUAUUCGCCGCCUCCCCCGGAAGUGGCCGAUGACACCAAUCCUUGGACCGGUAUUGAUCAUCGAGACGACAGUCCAGGUUCUCAGAUUGCACAGGAGUUGGCAGCGACAGCAAGUCAGCAAGACGCAUCAGAGUCCAACUCACUGGAAUUUGGAAUGGCCGGGCUUCCGUCAAUCGAGGAAGAGAUAGCGGCCAGCCAUGCACAUCCAUAUCAACCUCCUCGAGUUCGGGACCCAUCGGACGAUGAUGAAGAGAUGUUAGACCCCGAUUCUCUCGCUUUGAUUGACCGACUCGCCUCAGAACACCCCUCCUCGCCUUACAAGAGCGCAUCUCCUCCAGCUCGCCGCCCAAGUUCUUCGACAUAUUCUGCCAACGUCUCCUCUGACGCAGAAGAGCCGGAGAAAUCUGAUCCACCUCAUCCGGAAUCCGAGAGUUGUCGUGAGCGGCUCAUAGGCACACACGAUGAAACACCGCCACCCAUAUCAAUAGAAGCGAUACGUGCCCAACGAGCGGCUAACUUUAACACCACAGAGCUCGACUCGUUCCUCUUCAAGCAAGCUCAACCUCAAUCUGACGAGCAACCCACGAGUAAAGAGCUACUCAGUACUCAGAUCUGGGGCCACAUUGAUCCUCGUGUUGCUUGGCCAAGGAAGAUGACAGAAGAAGAGAGACAAGAGAAGAUCAAAGAAAUUGAAGCUCGUGGUGGAAGGAAAGCUAACUUCGGCAAGAUUCUCACGGCACAAGUGCGGAAGGAGAGAGCGGAUAAGGGCUGGAAUAUCCAUCAGACAAGUGAGUGGCGAUCCGAAGAGGAGUGCAAGGAGAUGGACCGUCGACUGGAAGAGCUUUUCGGGAAGGAAGGAUUGGGCAACUGUGUUCCGGGAAUUCAAAAUGGGAGACUGGUGAUGAUUGAGCAGCUUGAGCCCGAAGAACCGCAGACUGGACCGGGCAGGAGGAAGAGGAGACGGGAGCCAAGGAUUUACCCUGUUAUGGGUGGCCAGUAGGCUUCGUUCUUGAAGACAACACCUGCGGACCUCAGAAGCCCAUGCGCAAUAGCAAAGGAACUGAGGAAGAAGAUCCGAGUUUGUAGUGUCCCUAUUGUUGUCGAUACCCAAUUCUAGAUUUUCCGGACUUUUGAAACCCCAUGUACUCUCGAAUGUGAAAAAUAUACACAUCUGCU